GGUGUGAAAAUUCAAUGAAUUGAGGUUGUUUCGUAGAAUUUUUUGAAAGUCUUUUUUGUAACAUAAUCAAAAUGGCUGACGCGAUGUACGACGAAAUAUUCGUAUGUGUAUAUUACUACUGGGUACAUUCGAAAUCGUAUUUUCGCAUUAACAGCAGCUGAAUGUAUACAGAAGACAGUCGUUUUUUUUUAUUUGACAGUUGACAGUAUGCUAUGGCAUUUGGAUUAAGGCAGCAUUUUUGUGUUAUUAGUGCAUUAUUUUCAAUUAAGUCGAAUUUCGGUGAAAAUGUUGCUUAGAAUAAGUGCGUUUGGGUUGCAUUGAGACAUUUUACGACGACGCGGCUUUGUGAAGUAAAAUUGGAGGGAAACAAAUAACAAUCAAAUUUGGAAUUUUUUUGAAGAAAAACUUUACGGAGAUUAAAACUUUACGGAGAAACAAGUGAUAUCGAUACAAUGGAAGAUACAGAUGAAGGCACCUAUUUUGUCGAUGAAAGUGGUAAUUAUUAUUACCAAGCGACAAAAGAUUCCGAACCAGUGCUAACCGAACCGCCCGAUGGUGACAAUAUUCAAUUUAUUGUUGAAGAAGACGAUGAAGGCGAUGAUAAUUUAGAAAGCGUAAUUGAACAAGCAACCAUAUCUUCGAAAACGCGUAAACAAAAUAUAAUCACGACCAAAGUUGAAGAAAACGAUUAUGAAACAGUAGCAUUCGAUGGAAAUGAUGGUGACAAUGCCGAUGGUGAAGUUAGCUAUGUGUAUAUUAUGGAUGAUAAAGGAUCAGCUGUCGAUGAUGGAACAAAUGAAGAGUUAGCCGAUGAUGGUGUUGAAGAGAAAGUAUAUGAAUUUGAAGAAGAUGAAGAACUAUCCGAAGAGGAGAGUAGCCCGAAAAAGGAUAAACGAAAAGCGGCCGGUUCAACCGCAACAUCGUCCACAGCAAAAUCAGGAAAGAAAUCACAAGUUUCAUUGGCUAUGCAUAUGUGUAACUAUUGCAAUUACACAAGCCCAAAACGAUAUUUGUUGUCACGGCACAUGAAAUCACAUUCAGAGGAAAGACCAUAUAAGUGUUCGGUGUGCGAGCGCGGAUUCAAAACAUUGGCUUCAUUACAAAAUCAUGUGAACACACAUACAGGUACAAAGCCUCAUAUGUGUAAAUAUUGUGACAGUUGCUUCACAACAUCGGGCGAACUAGUGAGACACGUUCGUUAUAGACACACACAUGAAAAACCACACAAGUGCCACGAAUGUGAUUAUGCCAGUGUUGAAUUGAGCAAAUUGAAACGUCAUAUUCGUUGUCACACGGGCGAAAGACCAUAUCAAUGUCCUCACUGCACAUAUGCAUCACCGGAUACAUUCAAAUUGAAACGUCAUUUACGUAUACAUACCGGAGAGAAACCGUAUGAAUGUGAUGUUUGCCAAGCACGAUUCACUCAAUCCAAUUCAUUGAAGGCACAUAAAUUAAUUCAUAGUGUUGGUGACAAGCCGGUGUUCCAGUGUGAACUGUGUCCAACGACUUGUGGACGAAAGACUGAUUUACGUAUCCACGUACAAAAGCUUCAUACAGCAGAAAAACCACUCAAAUGCAAACGAUGCGGGAAUUCAUUCCCUGAUCGCUAUAGCUAUAAGAUUCAUACAAAAACGCACGAAGGUGAAAAAUGUUAUAAAUGCGAGCUAUGUUUGUAUGCAUCAAUAUCAGCUAGACAUUUGGAAUCGCAUAUGUUAGUUCAUACAGACCAAAAACCAUUUCAAUGCACGCAAUGCGAUCAAGCCUUUCGUCAAAAGCAACUACUCAAACGCCACAUUAAUUUAUAUCAUGAUCCCGACUAUGUACCGCCAACACCGAAGGAAAAAACCCAUGUUUGUCCAUCUUGCGAUCGCCAAUUCCGUCACAAAGGCAAUUUGAUAAGACACAUGUCAUUGCAUGAUCCUGAUUCAUCGGUGCGAGAGCACGCAAUGGCUUUAAAACAGGGACGCAAAAAACGUGUUCAAAUUGUAAACGGUCAACAGGUAGAAUACAUUGGCUUCGAAGGCGAAGAAGAGUAUGAAGGCGAAGAAGACUAUGAGCUGGAUGGUGAGGAUGAGACAUCUAUUGAACAAGAUAUGCCAACAAAAAAAGAAACUAUAAUGGCCGUUGGAGAAGAUGGACAACGUUACAUGGUGGUCGAAGUUAUCAAUAUGGAGGAGGAUGAAAACAGUCAGAUUCAAUUGCAAGACAAAGAUGAGAAUAUGGAAAUUGCAGAACUUUAUCUAGACGAUGAAGAUCCAUUACAAGAUAAAGGCCAGGGUGAUCGAGAUAUGUCAACUUGCUUUGGAUUUGUGGAGGACGAUGGUGGCGAUGAAGAAGAAGUGGAUAAAUCAUCAAUUCAACUGCUUGACUAUGUCGAAUAGUGAAACUCUUUUGUGUUUUUUUUUAGUUAUGGCUUAGAUAUUUUGUUUUUCGAUUGUAUACCAUAUAUAAUAGGGAAAAAUUAAUGAACAAUCACUUUUCACAUUUACAUUUUCACCAUAAACAAAUAAAUGAAUUAUCCUUCAGAUUUUCAGUUCAAAAGUCCAUUUAAAAUAUUAUCGAAGUUAAUUCGACACAUAUUGUCGUUGUAUCUAUGCUAUCUCGACUCGAGAGUCAUUUUUUUUUUUCAUUUGAAAUUCAAUUUUGAGGAAUGAUGGUAUCGAUAAAUCACAUUAAUUAACGAAUAAUUUUAAGUUUAAAAUACGAAUGAUAUGCGUAUGUUUCCAAAUAAAAUAAAUUGUAGAAACUCA